UACAGGCUUAGAAAGGCCUGGAGAGGGCUUGGAGCCCGCUCUGCCUUGCCUGCUAGGGCAAGGGGUACCUGGUACAAGCCGUGUGCCCUUGGACGGAUGACAGGAGGGGCGGGACUGGAGCCUCCCCUAGGGGUGAGUGACAGCACUGUUCCAAAAGAGGGGCAAGGAGAGGGUGGCCGCGGGGGCUGUGUGCAGCAGCGUCCGCUCAGGGCGCCCCGCACCCAGCAGGCCUUCGACCGCACGCGGGGCCUCGGGAUGUGGGCGGAGGCUCUGGCGGAUGUCUGUGGGGCUGAGUGGGGUCCUCUGCCCCAGGACAGCAGCAGGCAGCACUCGGUUCCCGGGAAGCUCCAGCGCGCAGGCCACUGGCCGUCAGAAAUCCUGAGGAGCAAGUGAGGGGGGAGAACUUUCCGGAGCAGCAGUUGCAGCAGCCAUGGCCCCGCCCUGGGUGCCCGCUGUGGGCUUCACUCUGGUGCCCAGCCUAGGGGGCUUCCUGAGCUCCCACUUCAUCCAUGGAGAGGGCCUCCGCUGGUAUGCUGGCCUGCAAAAGCCCUCCUGGCACCCGCCCUACUGGACGCUCGGCCCCAUCUGGGGCACGCUCUACUCGGCGAUGGGGUACGGCUCCUACUUGGUCUGGAAAGAGCUGGGGGGCUUCUCAGAGGAGGCCGUGGUCCCCCUGGGCCUCUACGCCGGGCAGCUGGCCCUGAACUGGGCAUGGCCCCGCAUCUUCUUUGGUGCCCACCAAAUGGGCUGGGCCCUGGUGGACCUCCUGUUGGUGGGUGGGGUGGCGGCUGCCACCACUGUGGCCUGGCACCAGGUGAGCCCGCUGGCUGCCCGCCUGCUGUACCCGUACCUGGCCUGGCUGGCCUUCGCGGCCACACUCAACUACUACGUGUGGCGGGACAACCGCGGCCGGCGCAGUGGCCGGCGGCCCCCAGAGUGAGGAUGCCCGGCCGAGGACUGCGGCCGCUGCCCAUCAGGAGCUGCUGUCUCACGGCCACGGGCCUGCUGCUCCGUCUGCGUCACCAGAGGCCUCUGGUGGUCCGGGCUGAGCCCCCCCGCCCAGGAAGGGCUCCUGAGCAGCGUACUGCACCU